CUGCGGGCACCGAGUCGUCUGGCAAGACUGCGGGCACCGAGUCGUCUGGCAAGACUGCGGGCACCGAGUCGUCUGGCAAGACUGCGGGCACCGAGUCGUCUGGCAAGACUGCGGGCACCGAGUCGUCUGGCAAGACUGCGGGCACCGAGUCGUCUGGCAAGACAGUGGGCUCCGAGUCAACAGGCACGACAGUGGGCACCACCAGGGUCAUCAGGUAUCGGAUUGUCUGGCUCGACAGCGGGCAUCGGGUCACCAGGCAUCAGGUCAUUUGGCUUGCCAGCGGGCACCGCGUCAUCUGGCAAGGCAGUGGGCACCGGGUCACCAGGUAUGACAGCGGGCUCUGAGUCAAUUGGCACGACAGCGGGCACUGGAUCAGGUACCGGAUCAUCUGGAUCAACAGCGGGCAUCGAGUCAACUGGC